GGUACCGGGCAUAUACCGCUUGCAUUUCCCUUCGCCGUUCUUGAAACGUUCCUCUCGUUGGAAAAACUAUCGCCGACGACGACCUUCUGGCAUUUCCCUAGACGAUUCUGUCUCUCGGUCGCGUCUGCACCCGGUGAAACGAGCGCGCGAGUGGGAGACGUUUAAGUGAACGAUCGUCUGAGCUGGAAUAAGAGACGAACGGAGAUAGAUAGAAAAACAGACGAGGAAAGAAAUAAAAGAGGGAAGAAGCGACAGGGACGCCUUGUGUAUCGUGUGGCGCUCUGCACUGCGACAUUCGACGACAACGCACGCUUCUGACGCUUACUAUCCUAGCCGGCUAAUCAACUUUCGUAAACCAUCUUCCGCGCGGCUCGUUUCGCGAUCGUUUUUCUUCUCGACUCCUUCGACCUCGAGCCAGUCGAUCUAUCGCCACUCCGUUCGGUGGGAAGUUCGAUUCGAUCCUCGGCAAAACAUCAGCCUCGAAUCGGCUCGUCUCCGAUUCGAACAAAAGAGCACCGUUCAGGAAAAGUGAAAACGUUCGACUGCUGUUCGGAAUUCAUCAUUCUAUCGUGAUCGGUUUAUAAUAGAAGAAAAAAAAAAAGAAUACCGUGUAGCGUUUGUUGCGCUUGCCCGUCGGACUGUAAACAGAGGUUGCUCGCGAGCAGUGAAACGCUCCCGUUCCCGACGCCACUUUUAUCGUCGAGGAACGAACCGACGCUUACCAGCCUGCUGCCGAAGCACUGAGAAAGGAAAAUACGCUUCGCUGAGUGCAGUGUCCGCGACAACGAACCGUCGACAGAGGAUGUGCAGGCUGCCCUCGUGAAACAGGCCUGGCCGAUGCCUUCCGGACAAAGAUCGUGUCACGAACGGCAUGUGAAACGAGCCACGUGAAUGUUGUGCGCAAGUGAAUCUUCAUAUCCGCCCGGCGAAUUAUUCUGGACCGGCAUGGAUCCCGUCAAAGCCAAAAUGGCCCCCACAGGGAUGCCACCAGUCACCGGUGUCCUCCAGCCGCCAGCGGGUUCAACAUUGACGGGAACAACGAUAGCGAACUACAAAAAAAGUUGGUGGAGAAGAGUGGCCCCCUGCUUGGCCUUUCUUGCCGCUUUUUCCACUGCAAUGGCACUGCUCCUCGUCUGGAGCGAAGCUGCGGCUUUGAGGAGGCAGGCGUUUGACGCCAACAUGACGAGGGACUAUGUGUUGAACAGCGUCUCGAUGGACAAUCCGGAAUUGGUUGCAUACAUCAGGGAGGUCCAAUUGAAAGCCACCACGCAACAAGAUCCAUUGAACGCGACCCAGACCUCGGAGGAGAGGUACGUGUCCAGCCUGACGGAAGGAAAACGCGAAGGGUUAUACGUGGAGUACAUUAGCAGGAUAGGAGCUGUCUCUAGUACAGGCUGGCUGGAGAGGAACUUGAGCUGGAGAGGCGUGUUGAUCCUCACCGAUCCCAGAAGCUUCUUCGAGGCUCACAGGAGCACGAGGAAUCCAAAAACUAGAGUCCUUCAUGCGUGUCUUAGUACAGAUAAGGAUACCAAAGAGAUUACUUAUCAUCAAGAAUCUGAAGUUCAAGUUACCAAGUUGGGGGAGGGUCCGAAUAGUCUCGUGUCGUCGGACGAGGGACUGCCAACCACCAGAUUGAAAUGUUUCCCUUUGUAUAGCGUGUUAUUGGCCUACAGUGCCACCACCUUGGAUUACCUGAGUCUGGAUAGCCCUGAUGCCCAAGAUGGCCAGGUCCUCGAUACGAUUCCCUGGGACACAACUAGGAUAUCCGUCUUGUCCAUACGUUGGAGUCCUCAUCAUAGCGAAACGGAGACGAAAAGUCUGAUCGAUAAGAUGACUAGCAGAAGAUACAAAUUGAUGUACACGACGGACACCGGGAAAUUGAUCUUCUUGUACAACGCGUUGCUUAAGAUUUAGAUCCUUGACUUAGGAUGCUUUCAACCCUGGACAGUUCUACGUUCAUCUACGUGGCUUUAUUUUAAUUAACAGAAGCUCGUAUCGCGAACGGGAAAUAUUUUGUUUCGAAGAAAUCAAAGAUCGUUCACGUAGAUUCUUCUACUCAUUAAACGAAACGUGAUCGUAGAAAAGGUCGCGAUUUCGUUGGCGAGGAUCACGCGAAUCUUUUUGAACGUAGCUUUUAUUUUUCGUGGAAAUAUACACAGGUUUCUUUUCGCGUACGUGCCUGGCACACGUCGAAUCGUAGAACAAGCCAAGAUUUUCUUAUUUUGUUCAAUUGGUACGCGUACUGGAACAGGAACUAAUUUUUAUUUAGCCGUCGAUCGAACGAAUGGGUGACAAAGACUGAGAGAAUUAUUAUUUUUUUUUUCCUGAAGCAUCGUCAUACUUAAAAGGCAAAUUUGUUCGUGCUCGGUCUCUUGCGAGAGGUUCGCCUUAAACCAAAACGAAGGAACGAACGAUAGAAAGAAAUAAUCGUAUUUAGUUUCGUACAUGUGUUUUAGCGUAGGUUCGUUUUAAGCAUCACAUAUGAAGACAUUUUACGAACUAUGUAGAUUUUAAAAUAUUUGUCAAAGAAGCGACAGACUCGUGGACCGUUUCUCUUCCCACCAAAAUUGAUCUUCAACAGCGGGUAAACGAGUACUGUCGCAGUGAUAAUUAAUGAGUUACUCUGAUUACCUAUAUCACGGGCCUUAUUAGCACGUAAGUCGAUAUUUAACUAAGAUAUUGUAGAAAAAUCGGUAAACUAUGUUCGCUUUGCUCGUUGCAAGGGUUAAGAUGAAAAUAAAAUAAGCUCUUUAAUGUUUGCGGUCAAAAUUACUAAUACUAGUCAUUCUCUAAUUACCACCUUGUCUAUUUACUUUUCAUGCUAAUCAAGAUAUCACCUUCGUUCUAUCAUAAUUCGGUAGUAAUAUCUCAUCAGUUUCAUUUCCCAAUUUAAGCUCUUCAUUUGUUACCUUGCAUAAUUAGAAUAAUAUUAAUAAUACCAAUCGUCGCAAUAACCAACUUCAUUGAUAAUUCCUUCCAUUAUCUAAUACUUUUUUCACUUCAAUCCCAAACGAAACUUUCUUUCAUAUCGAUAAGUAAAAAAAGUGACCCGGUAAAGAGCAAAGUGAAGAGAGUUUACGAUAACGUUCCAAUGAACGCAUCUCACACGCAACAACAAUACAAUGACAGCGCGACAUUUAAUUACGGAUAAAGUUCACAGGGUUUAUCGGGCCAUUUUGCACGAUUACCGAUCGAAACGCGGAUUUAUUUUCAGCCGGCAGAUCACCGUUUAGUUUGAUAAUUACGCUCGAACGAGGAGAAACUAUUAUCGUUCCUACUUUGAUAGAGAACGCUCGUCGUCGAGAGGUAUUUGUAUUCGAGCAGAUACGAGUUUAAUACAUCCAAUACCGUUUACGAUACGACCCGUGACCCGUUACUAUCGAAGCCAUUUCGACAUUACGCGCUGUUAUGCUGCAUUUAAGCGCACGUGUACCUAUUCAUGCACCUGCAUACACGUUCCCUUUGUAGAUGCACCCGGUUGCAGUUUAGGCUUCUUUUGAUCAACCCAUUAAUUCUCAAUAAUUUUGCUAAAUUUUGGGGAUUAAUGGGUUGAUAAUAAGCUUCCUAAUCCAAGGAAAGCUCCUAUCAAAUUCUCCUUCAUUUCCUGUUAACUAAAGGAAGCCCAAGCUGCACAAGACCAUACUUACAAGGUUCAAAUAUCAAUCACUGUUCCUUCCGAUUGUUCAGUUCAAAUGGCAAGCACGUGUAUACUUUUCUUAUUUUUCUUACUCCGCCAUAGCCGCGUCUCUGACAAUGUGCACUUCUUGAUCACAGAGAGAAUGCGUUUUUGUACCGUUUAUUCCGAGAGAAAUGAACAUGGAUUCUUUUGAAAAGCAAUAAAGGUAGAUAUUUUGCAA